CCCCUUUCGCCGUGCCGUUCUCGUCCAAAUUUCAAAUGCAUAAUUUAAGGAGAAAUCAAAACUCGAUGAGUAGAAAACGACAAUUGAAAGCGAAAGCCGAGAUUUCAGACAGUAUAGAUUUCUUCGCCUUACUGUUUCUCACUCUCACUCUCACUCGCUACUUCUCUCUCACAUCGGGCUCGCUCUCCGGCGUGAACCAGCUGCCGGAAUCUGACUCUCGUGCUUGACGGCGCCGGAAUUCGACAACCGUGUGCUGUCGGUGAAGCUGGUCUCAGAUAUAGUGCCUUUGACCGGCUGCUUUCCUGGCACGCAUUUUCACGGCUUAAUUUUCCUGCAAAAUUUUGGUGGCCCUGCAGUAGGUUUAACUUUUAUGGAGCUGGAAAAUCCAUGGGGUGGAAUGCGCUAGUGGUGAGACUGGCCUGAGCUGUGUGGUGCAUUGGCUCCUUGUUUUUUUGCUCUCUACUCCAAAUUUAGUAUAUUUCCUGUUCGAGAUUAUCUUUAAUUUUUUUAUCUCCUUUUUGGAGGGUUACUGAUUUUAGAUGCUUUAAUUUAUUUGCCAUUAUUAUUGGUCUUUAAACUUUAAAGUUCUUCUUCUCGAUUUCCAUGGAUUGACGUUGGAGUAAUCUGCUGCUAGCUUACGCCAUUACUUAAUGCCUAGGUCUCUCUCUCUCUCUCUCUCUCUCUCUCAAGAAAGAAAAGGUGAAAUAAGAAAGCAGAUGUGGAGUGGGUUUCGGGGAAAAUCUAGUUAGCUUUGCAACAGUUAGAAGAUGGUAGAGAACUUUAAUCUCUGUAUGUUCUGACGGAUAAUAAAAUCAGGAAAGGACAGGAUUUCAAGGAGGGAGAGAAGAAGGAAAGACAAAGGGAGGAAGAAAAAGCGGGUGUAAAGUUCUUCUUUUCUUCUACUGAUUAUUGGAGAAUUGAAGUUUGCUUGCUGAGCAACCAUGGGAAAAAGGCAUUUAUAUCGAAGCAAGCACCCAUUUGAUGAAUAUCCUUUUGAGGCAUUCAUUUCUGGAUCAUGGCAAAUCGUGGAGCUCAUUAGAAUAAAAGAUGGUGCUAUGACCCUGCAUUUCAUGGAUGGUGGAUUUAUGAUUGCCAAGAAGGGUCCCUACUCAAACCUUCGAGUAAGGUCUAGAAAAGCAACGUUGAACGACUGCACCUGCUUUUUUAGGCCUGGAGUUGAUAUAUGCGCGCUUUUUACCUCUCAAAAAACAGAAAGUUCAGUUGAGGAAAAUCUAGAGCCGGUUUGGAAUGAUGCAAAAAUAAGUUCCAUUGAAAGGAGACCUCAUGAGUCUUGCUGCAAAUGCCAGUUUUAUAUUAACUUCUACAACAUUGAUGAUAAUCUUGGAACAGAGAAGGCAACUGUCAGUAAAGAGAUCAGCAUUGUAGAACUUGAUCAAAUUUCCAUCCUCCAAAAGCUUGUGCGAAAUCCUUGUGAAAACGAACACCACAGGUGGAACUUCUCUGAGGACUGCUCUUCAAUGCUAAGAACUAAACUGAUUCUUGGGAAAUUCUCAUCUGAUUUGUCAUGGCUAGUUGUUGCAUCAGCUCUGAAGCACAUCACAUUUGAAGUUCGAUCAAUGCAAAACAAAAUUGUCUAUCAGAUAGUUGGUGGUGAUCUUGAUGAGUGUUUAGUAAAUUCCAGUAAGCAGUUAAAUGCCAUAAAUUUCAGAGUAGAAAAUGGAAAUUCAAUGCCCAUGGUUGUGCCAUUUUCUCCAGCUGAUAUUUUUCAGGUGGACCCCAUUCGUGAAAAGCGUGAAAUUGGACCAUCACCAUUUUAUGACCCUACGAGCGUGCGCCGCUCCAAACGCCGAAAUGUACAGCCUGAGCGCUACUAUAGUGAAGGAAGUUUGCCAGAGUCAGAUGUUGUCUUAAUUCGAACAAUGCCAUACAGAACCGACAAAUGGAAAAGUGAUGAAUUGCCAUUGGUGCCACUCAACCAGGAUGAAGAGCAUACAGACAGGAAAAGGGUCCAAUCUCUUAAAGCAGAUUCCUUUGAGAAUCUUCUGUUGUGUGGAAACAACAUGAAGUCAAGAGUAGAUCAGACAGAGCAUCAAAAUCAGCUUGCUAUAGUACCUUUGCCUGAUGAAAGUGCUGCAGUCGCCAAUGAGCAGGAUUAUUUCCAGCCAGAGCCAGGUGGAAAUCAUUCUGGAGAGAUUGGUGACAUUGUUUCCAAGUAUAUUUACAUAAGUGGUUCUCCAAGAGUGCAUAGAAAGAAAAUUUCUGCCUUAGAAGGUAUGGAUAAUGAAAGUAAACUGGAGCGGAACAGUUCAAACAAGAAAGUCCGAAGGAGAAGGGAUUAUUCUAUACGUCCAAGGAGGGAAAGGGAGAGUUCUUGUGAUGCAAAAGCUUAUAGAAAGAGAACAUUAAAUCUGAGUGGGUACAAUGAUAUGAUCAAAACGUACAUGAGGAAUAUAGAAUCCACAAUCAAGAAAGAACAGCCAAAUAUUAUUGACCAGUGGAAAGAAUUUCAAUCACUGAAUUGUUCAAAAACACAGCAUUCUACUGUAAUGUCCUCAGUGGAGAUCCUGGAGGAUAAGGAAGAAAAUUCAGAAACUGAGAUGUUGUGGAGAGAGAUGGAACUCUCCAUUGCAUCAACUUAUCUUUUUGAAGACAAUGAGGGUUCAAAUGUUGAAGUAUCUGCUGGGAUUGUGCAAAAAUCAAGUAAAGAUAGAAGACAAUUUUGCCAACACAUAUACAAAUUAGAUGAAGAAUUGGGGAUUCUAUGCCAAGUAUGUGGCUUUGUGAGUGCUGAAAUAAAAGAAGUCUUACCACCCUUUGUGCAAUGCACAAGCUGGAUCACGAAUGAUAAGAAGCUGCACUCUGAGGAAAAUUCAGUGCAUAAGCCAGAUGAAGAGCAAAAUAUGGUUGAAGAUGAAGGCUUUGAUUUUUUAAGUGAUUCUACUUUCCCUGAGUCGCCCAUGCCAGAAGGAAAAGAAAACGUAUGGGCAUUAAUACCUGAUCUUAAAAUGAAACUACGCUUCCACCAAAAGAAAGCUUUUGAAUUUCUUUGGCAGAACAUUGCUGGAUCUUUGGAACCUGCACUUAUGGAAUCAGCAGCCAAGAAGAGAGGUGGUUGUGUUGUGUCUCAUUCGCCUGGUGCAGGAAAGACACUGCUCAUUAUCGCCUUUCUUUUGAGCUACUUGAAAUUGUUUCCUGGAAAACGGCCUUUAGUCCUUGCUCCAAAGACAACACUUUAUACCUGGUACAAGGAAAUUAUUAAGUGGGAAGUUCCUAUUCCCGUUUAUCAAAUUCAUGGUUGUAGAACUUACAGAUAUGAAAUCUGUAACCAGAGUGCUGAAGAUUCUCUAGGAGAUAGAAAACCUGGCCGAGAUGUUAUGCAUGUUUUGGAUUGCUUGGAGAAAAUACGGAAGUGGCAUUCUCACCCUAGCAUUCUUCUCAUGGGUUAUACCUCCUUUCUAUCAUUAACGCGAGAAUCUUCAAAGUUUGUGCACAGAAAAUAUAUGGGUGAAAUGUUGCGGGAAAGUCCUGGGAUUCUGAUAUUAGAUGAAGGGCACAAUCCUAGAAGCACUAAAUCAAGGUUAAGGAAAGCAUUGAUGAAAGUUAAGACUGACCUGAGAAUUUUGCUUUCAGGUACAUUAUUUCAGAAUAAUUUCGGAGAAUAUUUUAACACCCUCUGCUUGGCAAGGCCUGCCUUUGUCAAUGAGGUUUUGAGGGAAUUAGACCCGAAUUUUAAGAGGAACAAGAAGGGGUUGAAACAAACCCAAUUUGCAAAAGAAAACCGAGCGAGAAAAUUCUUCAUUGAGACUAUUGCAAAUAAAAUCAAUUCAAGCAUUGCAGAUGAUAGAAUGCAGGGUCUAAACAUGCUGAGGAGUAUGACUGGUGGAUUCAUAGAUGUGUAUGAAGGGGUUACCUCUGACAGUCUUCCUGGUUUACAAUGCUACACCUUGUUAAUGAAGCCAACAACAAUACAGCAAGAAAUUCUGGUGAAACUUCAAAGAAUAAUGGCUGGAUACAAUGGAUAUCCGCUGGAAUUAGAGCUUUUGAUUACUCUUGGAUCAAUACAUCCUUGGUUGAUCAAAACUGCAGCAUGUGUUAAUAAAUUCUUUAGUAUGGAGGAAGUUGAAGAGCUAGAGCAGCACAAGUUUGAGUUGAGUAAAGGUUCAAAAGUAAAAUUUGUUGUGAGCCUUGUGCAUCGAUCUAUCCUUAAGAAGGAGAAGGUUCUGAUUUUUUGCCACAACAUUGCACCCAUGAAUCUAUUUUUGGAGAUAUUUGAGUGGUUGUAUGGGUGGCGAAAGAAUGAAGAAAUUUUGGUUCUGCAAGGGGAGCUAGAGCUAUUUGAAAGAGGAAGAGUAAUGGAUAAGUUUGAGGAUCCAGGUGGGUCGUCAAAGAUACUACUUGCUUCCAUUUCAGCUUGUGCUGAAGGCAUAAGUUUGACUGCAGCUUCCCGAGUAAUUUUAUUGGACACAGAGUGGAAUCCUUCCAAGAGAAAGCAAGCUAUUGCACGAGCUUUUCGGCCUGGUCAGGAGAGGGUGGUUUACGUGUACCAGCUCUUGGUUACUGGCACUUUGGAAGAAGACAAGUAUGGUAGAACAACAUAUAAAGAGUGGGUUUCAAGUAUGAUAUUUAAUGAGGAACUUGUGGAGGAUCCUUCCUGUUGGCAAGCAGAAAAAAUUGAAGAUGAUUUACUGAGGGAGAUUGUGGAGGAGGAUCGUGCUAAAUCAUUCCAUAUGAUAAUGAAAAAUGAGAAAACUGCAAAUGCAUUGAUUAGAGGUAAAGAAUAACUGCCAUAUGGUGGUGAACAAUGUAAGAACCUGUCAAGUUCUCAUUGAAGUAUCUUUACAAAUGUUAAAACCUUCCUAUUUUUAUUCAUGGAGUUGCAUUCGUCUCUCUCCCUGGAUGGUGGAUACCUGUGUGCCCUUAAGGCCAUGUUUUUUUUUUUCUUUUUUUUAACUGUAACUUAGGGCCUAAUAAGAUGUAGUUGAAGACAUGAGUUUUGGGAAAUAAGCAACUACAUUGCAUGUUCA